AAGGUUAAUAAAAUACCAACCAAGCAUGACUGGACCGGCUGAUUUGUAAAGAUCUGUUAGUUUAAAAUGUUCAAACAUAUUUAUCGUGGACUUAUUACAUAUCACUAAUUAACACAUUCCAAGUGAUGGCCUCUCAACUGAAAUAGAGUUUAAAAUUGAUAAUAAUAAUAUCACAGUUUCUCAAAUUUAUCAGCUUGGAGCUUUCUGGAGAUAUUAUUAAAACCACAAAUAUGAAAGUCACGGUUCCUUCUGUUGCUCCUACAAAUCAGCUUCCAUUCAUAGAAUCGUUGGAAACAGCCUCUCUUUCCUCCUCUUGUACGUUUUACCAGGAAAACCAUACUCAGAACCAAAACGACGAGUUAAGUCUUGUUUGGGUUUUACAUAUCAGGACUAUUUACCCUAAUCUUUGUUUAUAGCUUCCCUCUUGACAAACUGCAAGAUGCUGCAACAAUAAAAGCCGUUUAUUAAAAAGCAUGCCCUGAAGGGUGUAGAUAACAGGACACAGCCUCCUGAUGGUGACCUCUUCACUCUAUUAGGUCUGAUUCAUGCCGGUUUUGCUAUUAUUUCAGUUGUUUGUAUUAUUGUUUAAGAGGAAAUUCUGAUUUCUUUUAUGUGCUUAUCUUAAAUUGUUUUAAUCCUUCUGUUUAGUAUGAAUGUUUUAAUUGCUAUAAAAGCACCAAAUCCCACAAACAGCCGUUUAUUUCACAUUUACUAGUUGGGUGAAGCUGUUGUUGCCGUCUACGGAUCAUCUGAUGCUUUUAUUCAUGCAUGUUUGCAGGAAUUGUUGCCAUUAAUAAAAUUAUGACAAGCAUGUUGACUGAGGAAGAAAUGAAAGGUGUUGAAAUGAACUUGCUCUGCUGCUGGGGGGGGGGGGGGGGGGGGUUGCCUGCAGUUAUAGCCUAACAAUGAGUCUGCUUGUUAGUGACCUGAGAGAGAGGGAAAAAAAAGGCAUGUAGAGGCAGCUGAUUACCAGAGCCAUGGUGUGUGUGUGUGUGUGUGUGUGUGUGUGUGUGUGUGUGUGUGCUGGAGGGUAAUCAGGCAGGUUGAAGAUUUACGUCAGUGGCUCAGCUGACAAACUGGAUCUGCAGCUCAUUGCUUUGCUGUUUGCUUCCUUCAGAUCAACAUGGCUGAAUCCCAGCAGGUGACAGCGCAGGGCAGGAAGAGAUGGAGUCUUCCGCAGAGAAGUGAGACUAAUCAGAGUAAACCAAACCGAGGUCCAGACCGAGAUCCUGAGAGAACUCUGCGGGUUCCUUUCAGAGGGGAGGUCUCUGGUGGGAUAAAGCCUGGGAAGAAGAUUGUAGUGAUGGGUGUUGUGGACUCCCAUCCUGACCGGUUCUACAUCGCCUUGACAUGUGGCCCCGGGACCAGAGAGCCUCCACCUAAUGUGGCGCUGGAGCUGUGUGUUCGAUUCAGGGACCGGCAGGUUCUGCGAAGGGCUUGCAUGUCCAGAUCCUGGGGAGAUGUUGAAAGCGCAGUCCCUUUCUUCCCCUUCAUUAAAGACCAGCCGUUCAAGAUUGAACUUCAUUGUGAACAAAGCAGAUUUCUUGUGUUUGUGGACGGCCAGCAGCUGUUUGACUUUCACCACCGAGUGACCCCACUCUGUGACAUCAACACGUUAUGGAUUAAAGGCAGCGUAACCAUCACUAAGCUGGCUUGAAGUGAAGAACUCCACUGUUGAGCACCAGCGCCAUGUGAAAUGCAUUUCAAGCUUCUGGUGGCCAAACCAGACUCAGUGUUAUGAUGAGACGUAGAAAUGAGCAAACACUUUGUAAUCAAGCAUCUCUGUUGGCAAAUGCAUUGUACAAUGUAUAUACAUGUAUAUUGUAUAAAUAUAUUUUAGUGCAUUCAAUUUUCAGUAUGAAUGUGAUGAGAUGCCAAACAUAAAACAUUUAAUUUUUUUAAUCAUUUGCUUCAGAAGCCCAUAAAAGUGGUUUUGGAUUCAUGUCUUUGAGUUGAACUGAACACUAGCACGUAGGAAAUAGUGAGAUAUUAGCAUUUAUUUAAAUAGAGUGUUUGUAUGUAUGUUUUGUGAAAUUGUUUGAUUUUUUUUAUUCUUAGUUUGGUUGGUAUAGUUUUUGGACAUUUUUUAGUAAAAUUGAUCAAUACUGUUAGUACCUGCAAAUCCAUCAAUAAUUUGUAUUUUUAUUGUUUUUUCAUUGUUAUUGUUUGUCUCUUUUUUACGUUUUAACACUCAGAGACCCUGGAGUCAUUUAGUGUAAUUUUAAUUUUUCUGUGUUGAUUGAAUGUAGUGGAAAUUUUCCAAAGGAUAUGUUUAUUGGAAUCAUAUUAGAGUUUUAAUGUUGUUUCCUUGAAUUAACCUAAAAUGGCUAAGCCAUCAUGAUAAAUCUAAGAGGGUAAAAGAAGAGACAAUAGUUGCUCAAUGUGAUGGACUCAGCAGUGAAGGACAGUCAGGCACAGUUUUAAAGUUCCAACAAAGGGUUUUUAUUUUAACCCCCCAAAAGUCAUCCAAGCCACUGAAUAAAUAAAUAGUAAUCAGGCCCAUAAAGAGGUCAACAUAACAGAACCCUACUUAUACAAAAAUAACUCAAACAAACCGAGCAAAACAAAUGAAACAAACUGACCCAACAAACGAAAUGCCUGGCUGAACUUAAAUAGUGGCUGAUCAGCCCAAACAAAGAGACACAAGCUGUCCAUGCUGGUGUGUGGUCCGGUCCAAUUAGUUGGCUCCCCCCUGCUGGUUCCCAAGCCAAGGGACUGGAGCAGCCCAUCUCACAGUCCAAAGAGCUGGACUGAGCUCUUUGGACUGGAAGAGACUGCACAGAGUCCUGCAUUUACAGCAGGUCUCCGUAGUCUAUCAAGGGACGAAAGUAGCUCUAGCCAGCUUUUUUCUGGCAAGAAACAGUAUUUAUUCCUAUAAUAAAAGCCCAGCUUAAUUUCCCUAACAAGCUUUUUAAUAUGUAAUCUAAAAGUUAAAUGUUAUUCAACUAAAAUACCAAAAUACUUACAUUGAUCCACAAAGUCGAAAUUACCACUCUGCAAGGUUUUAGUGUUGGGAGGAGUGUCGACGGCCUUCCUAGCAUUUUAAAACAACAUAGCUUUAGUUUUCGUUUCAUUCAGCACUAACUUUUAAAUCAAGCAGUCGGGUCUGUAUGAUGUCAGAAGCACAUCGCAAGUAUGUGACCUCUUGAACCAGAAAGACCACAACAGUAAACCAUAGUAUCAUCUGCAUAUAUGAAAUUGUGUAUUUGAAAUGUUUUGACCCAGAUUGUUGACAUAAUUAGAAAAUAAAACACAGAACCUUGCAGAACCCCUGACUUAAUAUCUAAAACACUAGAAAGACGACCAUCAUGUUUGACACCAGAAAGUUCUCCCAGAAAGCUCAUUUUCAAACCAGCCUGCAGCCUGUUCAGACAGUCCAAUGUUUAGAAGCCUUUGCUUUAGGAUGCAAUGAUUGACAGUGCCAAAGGUCUUUGAAAGAUGGAGAAAAAGAACAGCACGUGAUUUUUAUAUUUCCUAGUGCCUCCAUAAUAUCACUUACGACCUUUAAUAAUGCUGUAAUGGUGCCGUGUUGUUUGUAACAAAUCCAUUCCUUUUUGUUAAGAUUUAAUUUAUGAAUAAUUGCCAUCUAUUUUUAUUGUUAUAUUCAUCCACCAGAUUGCACUACUUUUUCCAUAUUCAAAGCACAUGCAAAGCUUUUUAUACAAUUUUUAUUUAUAUUUUAGUUUUUUCUUUUUUGUUUUGUUAGAAGUUUGAAGUAGUUGUUUCAAAAGAAAUUUAAAGUGAAAAAAUAUUGAUUUAAUAUUUGCACUAGUUUGUGAGAAUGUGAUUUCUUCCCCCUUGGGAUUGAAUGUGAGUUUUAAAAGGAAAAAGCUGGCACUGUAUAGAAAAUAACUGCAUAAUAAUCUAUGUUCCUGCCAAUCAUUGACCUAUCCCAGGGUCUGAUAACAAUUAUAAGUAAUUACUGACUGAGGACUGACUGAUUUAAAUUAGGAAAAUAUUGAUAUAUAAUAUUUUUACAGCAGCUUUUAACAAGGUGACAGUUUUGUCAUUAGGACUUUUUAAAAGCAUCUCUUAUAGUUAAUCAAAUUUUACCUAUCAUGGUGAUGUGAAGUCAACUUCUAUCAUUCGUAUUGAGGAUGUUUUUCUAUAAACUGAAACUUGUCAGUCGAUGUAAAAUAUGUGAUGACAACCUCUGUCCAUCUUGUGUGACGUCACGCUGCCAGACAUGAUAAACACUGAACGAAAAAGAUAUCUAUACAAGAAAUAUAAUCAUCUAUUUGCUUGAAGUGACUUCUCGUGUGAUAAUUGCUAUUGUUAGUAAUUGCUAUUUUCAGAGAACGUCCAAUAAAAACUGCUGGAUUUUAGGGAUUAAAACCCCGGCC